AGAAAGAGAACACGGAACCCAAAUCCCCUUGUUCUACUCAUCAAGUUAUGCAAGUCUCCCAAACAACUGAAACAUGUAUGACAAUUUACAAAUCCAUUCACUAUCAAUCUGUUGAACUAAAUUUUAUUGCUACAGUUCUUACUAAAUUAUAAAACUAUAGGAUCAUCUAAUCCAAGAAAUGUAAAAAGAGUGCGAGGGAGCAACAAGUGUAAAGAAGUUGCAUCACUUGAAGCUGAAAAGAGGCUGAAAGUAACAUUUUACAAUAAUAGAACAGUUGGAACAAAUAGCAAUCUGUUUUCAAGGCACCUGGGAAAAAUAAUUUGUGACUGUAAUAUGUGUCCAUUGGGAGUACCAUCGUGGAGGGACAUUAAGCAACAAAAGUUGGAUCACAUGUGGGCAGCUAUUGAGGAUAAAUUUGAGAGUGUUGACUUCAAUGAUCAUCGUGAUCAUAUAUUUGGAUGGAUGAAUGAGUUAUGGAACAAAUGGAGAGGAUACUUGCAUGCUACUUAUGUGAAGAAUAAGCCAAUUGCUCAGGCUCUUAAUAAUAUUCCAAAGGGAGUAGAAAAGAAGAAAUGGGAGUGGUUAGUUAAGGAACAUUUUUCUUCUGAAAGUUUUCAGGUAUACCUAGAGAUCUAAUAGCCUAUAUCUUUCAAGUAUCCAUUUUGCAACUCAUCGUGAUAUUUAGAUGUGAAACUAUCUCUAAACUUGGUAAUAUUUCUUAGAUAUGGCUUUUUAACGUACCAAUACAGGCGAGGAGCAAUAGAAAUGCAGAAAAUUGAGCUAUGUUAAAGAUGUUUCAUCACAUUGGUAGCAAGCCUAUUAGAGAGAUUAUUUAUC